UCCUGCCUGGAUCUUCCCUGGGAGGAAAGUGGCUCGCUCUCGCUCUCCCCGCGUCAAGGGCUGCAGCAUCGGCGGCCCCUUCUGGGGUCUGGGCCCAUUCGGAGCUUCUAUCAGAGAGCUGUCAAUCAUGCAGCCAUCCGUCUUCAGAGCAAGAUAUACACCCCAAUACUGGGUUUAUCUCAAAGAUUACAUGGUAGGAAAAAUGAUCCUCAUAUUCAAGGAUGCUUCACCAGCCCUCUUCCUGCUCCUCCAGCCUUCGGCCUGGGCUUAAUGAUCCCCAAGGCUUCCUGAAAUCAAACUUUGGCUCAUACAAUAAAUGGCUCAGCUCAUACUCUACAGCACCCCAGACACAAGAAAAUAAUUCCAAAAAAACCAAUGGAGUUGUAAGGCAUAGAUGAAUAGGACAGAUGCUGCUGCUUCUUACCUACAGAUCAAAGAUGGAUCAGCAAGAACCAGCUGCCUCUGAAGCAGGAAGAGGCCCUGAUGCCAUCAAGACUGGGACCCAAGGGCUGGAAUUCGUGCAGAAGAUGUUGGGGGAGAACACCUUCAGCACAGAUGCCCAGUGCCAGCAGUUCAGGCAUUUCCACUGCCAGGAGGCGGUGGGCCCUCGAAAGGUUUGCAGCCGAUUCCACCUUCUUUGCCAUGGGUGGCUCAAGCCAGAGCGACACACAAAGAACCAGAUCCUAGACCUGGUGAUCCUGGAGCAGUUCAUGAUGAUCCUUCCACCGGAGAUGGCGAGCUGGGUGAGGGAAUGUGGAGCGGAGACCACUUCCCAGGCGGUGGCCCUGGCCGAAGGAUUCCUCCUGAGCCAGGCAGUGGAGAAGAAGCAGGAAGAGCAGCAGGGAAAGGGUCUUUUUGCGGAUGUAGGAACUGAUUUCCCUGAGGCAGAGAGGACUCCAUCAGACACAAGACAGAGGCCACUAGGUGAUGGAAUGAUGUCGGCAAGACCUACUAAACCAUCUUCUCUUUCUGGUGGAGGGGAAGCUGCUGCUGUCACACCGGAUCAGGGUCCAGUGGUCUUUAAGGAUGUGGCUGUGUAUUUCACGGAAGAGGAGUGGGCCCUGCUGGCUCCUGACCAGAGAGCUCUGCACAAGGAAGUCAUGGAGGAGAAUCGGGGGACUCUGGCCUAUCUUGAAGGUGACAAAUGGGAAGCCAAGAAUAAGGGAGAAUUAUGUGGGAAAGAGACACGGGAAAGAGACAGAUGUCGAAAGAGGGAAGAGCAGAGGAGGAAAACCGAAGCAGAAGAGACGAGGAGGGGUGAAUCCUCUCCUUCCCAGGACAGCGACUGCCAUGAGAUUUCAGUCCGAGAAAAAACAAACGAAAGAAACAAAACCAGUAAUUCUUUUGGUGGUUGGAAGAGUCUCAAUUUUACAAUAAACUGCAAAGCCCACAGCAGAAACCACAAAGGGGAGAAACCGUAUGAAUGCUUGGAAUGUGGAAAGAAGUUUCCUUCCAGAUCUAAACUUACAACAUAUCAAAGAAUUAAUGCAGUGGAAAAAACGUAUAAAUGCUUAGGGUGUGAAAAGAGCUUUCCUUCCAGUUCUAAACUUACUAUCCAUGAAAGAAUUCAUACAGGGGAGAAACCAUAUACGUGCUUGGAGUGCGGAAAGAGCUUCAGAGACAGUUCUCGCCUUUCUUCUCACAAAAGAAGUCACAUUGUGGAAAAACCGUAUAAAUGCUUGGAGUGUGAAAAGAGCUUCAGUGAGAAGGGGAAUCUCACUUUGCAUCAAAGAAUUCAUACUGGAGAGAAACCGUAUGAAUGCUUAGAGUGUGGAAAGUGCUUCAAUCAGAAGGCAUCUCUCACUAAUCAUCAAAGAAUUCAUACAGGGGAGAGACCAUAUAAAUGCUUGGAAUGUGAAAAAAGCUUCAUUCGCAAGGCAUCUCUCACUUUGCAUCAAAUACUUCAUACAGGGGAGAAACCCUAUAAAUGCUUGGAGUGUGGAAAGAGCUUCACUCAGAAGAUGCAUUUCACUAAUCAUCAAAGAAUUCACACUGGGGAGAAACCCCAUAAAUGCAUGGAAUGUGGAAAGAGCUUCAUUCGCAAGGCAUCUCUCACUUUGCAUCAAAUACUUCAUACAGGGGAGAAACCCUAUAAAUGCUUGGAGUGUGGAAAGAGCUUCACUCAGAAGAUGCAUCUCACUAAUCAUCAAAGAAUUCACACUGGGGAGAAACCCCAUAAAUGCAUGGAAUGUGGAAAGAGCUUCAUUCGCAAGAUAUCUCUCACUUUGCAUCAAAGAAUUCACACUGGGGAGAAACCAUAUAAAUGCUUGGAAUGUGGGAAGAGCUUCAGAGUCAGUUCUCACCUUUCUUCUCACAAAAUAAUUCACACUGGGGAGAAACCAUAUAAAUGUUUGCAAUGUGGAAAGAGCUUCAGUCAGAGCUCCGAACUCACUUCCCAUCACAGAAUUCACACUGGUGAGAAACCAUAGAAAUGCUUAGAAUGUGGAAAUCGCUUGAGCUACAAGAAAACGUUCACUUCCCAUCAGAGAAUUCACACAAGAGAGAAAUUGUUAAAUAGUGCUUGAAUUGUUCAGAGAGCUUCAAACAAAACAAAUGUCAUCAUCCAAAAAUUCACAGAGGGAGUAUAGAAAACUUGUCUCCAAGGUGAGAGAUGGGAAAGGACUAAAUAUGUUCUAGUUGAGAGAUGGGGUGACUUGAGCAAUGGUAGUUCUGUUUCUUGACACAUUAUCAAUAUGAAUACCAGUUACUGGAAAACCUUAGGAGGGGAGAGUGUUCUUGCAGGCUUCCCAGGGGCUUCUGGUUGGCUUCAUCCAACAGGCUCUUCUUAUAUUCUUAUUUGUGUUCCUAGUGAAUAUCCAAUGUGAUUCAAUUGUAUUUUGUGAUUUUUCUUUUUAAAUAUUGUUUCAAUUCA